ACCCGUGCGGAUCCAGACUAUUCGAGAGUCUUCAUAUCUCAGAGCCUCAGACGUCCCCCCGGAAGAAGAGAACUGUGUCGUUCUACGAAAGCUAAUUAACAUGUCGUACUCCAAAAGAUCAAGGUAUUCACGCUCUCCUUCGUACAAGCAUUACAGCAGAUCUGUCUCAAGGUCACUCUCUAAGUCCCCAUCUGUAUCAAGGAGCCCAUCAAGGAGUCGGUACUCAAGUGAUGCUGAAAAUCCUGGGAAUAAUUUGUAUGUAACUGGACUUUCAACCCGAGUGAGACAGAAGGAUCUUGAGAAGCAUUUUUCUUCUGAGGGAAAGGUUGAAGAUGUUCAUCUUGUUAUUGAUCCAUGGACCAGAGAAUCACGUGGAUUUGCUUUUGUGACAAUGUCCAAACUUGAAGAUGCUGAUAGGUGCAUCAAGUAUUUAAACCGGUCUGUGCUUGAAGGUCGUGUUAUCACUGUUGAGAAGGCUAGGAGGAGAAGAGGCCGCACACCUACUCCCGGGAGGUAUCUUGGAUUGAGAAUAGAUCGCGAGCGACGUUCACCAAGUUAUUCCAGGAGUCGCUCUCCCCGAUAUUCUUCUGAGCGAGACAGGAGCAGGAGCAGGAGCAGAUCAUACUCCCCGUAUUAUAGGCGCAGGCGCAGAUCAUAUUCACCACAUUACAGUCGCCGGAGCCGCCACUCUUACUCUCCAUAUGGCCGUGGUAGAUCCUACUCGAGAUCUGUGUCCCGCUCCCCAUCCAACUCUCCUUACUACUCUAGGUACCGUUCUCCUGAUGAUGGCUACUACUAUAGGAGGAGCAGUUACCGCUCCCCUGAUGAUAGAGAUUAUUAUUACCGAAGAAGCCAACGGUAUCGCUCAAUCUCCCGGAGUAUCUCACCACCCAGGUAUCGAAGGUACAGGAGAAGUUACUCACCCAGCGUAUCUCCAAGGCGCCGCAGAAGAAGCUACUCGAGAAGCGUCUCCCCGCCAUCAAAGGACUUGAGAGGCUCCUAUCGCAGCAUUUCUCCGAGUCCCAGGAAGAGUUCUAGGAGAAGUGGUUAUGAUAGUUGCUCUUCUAGAAGCCAUUCUAGGAGUGCAAGUCCAUCUUCAAGAUCUCAUUCCAGAUCUGUUAUGUCCGAUUCUGCCUCCCCUUCGCCAUGAAAACCCCCCCACUUCAUCUGUUGUAGGCAUGUCUUUUUCUUAGAUGGUUGUGGACUGAGACUAGUGUGUAUUGAGACUUAAAGAGCUUAACCCCACUUUUAUUUACU